ACACCCAUUACGCAGGGAGCGGAAUAGUUCAAAGACAGUUGCAGACUGCACAGCAAGCAAAGGAACAGAUUGUUCCUGCACCCAGGACUACCACACGGAAGCAGUGGAGUGGGAAGCAGCAGGUGAUGGAGAAGUACUUCACUCCUGUGCAGCUUAAGCAGGGGACCAGGGGCCACAGGCAUGGCAAGCCCCACCUCCAUGAGCAUCAGGAGAGGGACCCCAAGCAUGGCAAGAUGGCUGACCAAAAAACGUAUCACCACAAACACCAUCCCCGCCACCACCAUAGCCAUGAUCAUCAUCACCAUCCUCAUCCUCACCAGCAAAAGACAGAUUGGUCAGAAGAUCAGAAUGAUCAUGGUAGCAACCAUUCAACAUCAGAGGGCAGCAUUGUCCACCACCAUCACCAUGGCCACAACAAUCACCCUCACCACCACAAUGAGAAAUCUCAUCCCUCUUCCCCUGACCAUCCUCAUCAUCACCAUCACUAUCUGCAUCACCAUGCUACAAAUGUGACCUCCCACCCUCAGAUUGCAGCCACCUCAUCCAGCUCCUCCUCUGGUUCCUCAUCAUCAUCUUCAUCCUCUUCCUCCUCUUCCUCAACAUCAUCCUCUUCCUCCUCGUCAUCCUCUGGCUCUUCCUCCACCUGGUCCUCUCAGACUAGUAUUAAUGAGUCCGUGAAGGAUAACAAACAUCCACUGCAGAAGCCCAAGUACUCACAGUCCUGCACUGACAUCUACAGGGGGAGGAAGGCCUAUGACGAGGAGGAAGAUGAGGAAGAUGACACAUCUCCUUUGAUAGAUGAUGAAGGCCACCUCCCAAGACAGGAAAAGAGCCUGAAAGAAAAAAAGAAAAAGAAAGCAAUGUCCUCUCAUCAGACCCCUGCCAAUGUCAUCCUGAAGAAGCAGGAGAGUUCUGAAGUGGCAGGAAUGGCUGGCAAAUUUCGCAAGGCAAAGUCAAUGGAGGCACUGUCCCAUUGUAAGGACAGGGAUGGAGAUGCAGGUACCAUUGUAGACAAGGAGUUGGAGAAAAGGGAGCAGGUCGCCAAGAAGAACUUAUUGCAGGAUAAAUUGAAGUUCUCUGCCUUUUUGAACGAGAUCACCAGGCAGGUGUUCAGCCCGUACAGACUCACCUCUCUUGGGGUCACAGCUGCUCACAGGCCCAGCAGCCCCGGACAAGCCUCCCUGAGGUCCCCCAAGGUGGAACACAGAGGGGAGGAGAGGCAAAGACAAAAGAGUAGUCGGCCUGGCAGUGCAAGCUCUACGACCUUCAGUGUCCACUCCCAUAUCCGCAGGCAGUUCCGCUCCAGCAAGCACUCUCAUUCCAGCAAGCACUCUCGCUCCCAUCUCGGCAAACACCAGGACAAUAAACACCCUCAGCCUGCAAGAGACUUAAACCACAGUCCCAGCAGCCACACCGAUGACAUCACUAGCCCAGAUAAUAGCCCCUCCUCAUCAAGACAUCCCUCCUGUCAUUCAACACCACACCACCAUCAUCACCAGCAUCGCUCCCAUUCUCCAUUUCACCACCAUCACCAUCACGGUCUUCACAGUCCAUCUCAUCACCAUGGAGACCACCACAGACCAAGCCAUCCCCAUCCCCAUCGUCACGGAGAACAUCACAGCCCAACCCAUCACCAUGGAGACCACCACAGCCCAACUCAUCCCCAUCCCCAUGAAGACAACCACAGCCAAACUCAUCCUCAUGGAGAACACCACAGCCCAAGAAACCCCCAUCACCAAGGAGACCACCACAGCCCAAGCCAUCCCCACCGCCAUGGAGACCACCACAGCCCAAGUCAUCCCCAUUGUCAUGGAGAACAUCACAGCCCAACCCAUCACCAUGGAGACCACCACAGCCCAACUCUUCCCCAUCCCCAUGAAGACAACCACAGCCAAACUCGUCCUCAUGGAGAACACCACAGCCCAAGAAACCCCCAUCACCAUGGAGACCACCACAGCCCAACUCUUCCCCAUCCCCAUGAAGACCACCACAGCCAAACUCAUCCUCAUGGAGACCACCACAGCCCAAGCCAUCCCCACCGCCAUGGAGACCACCACAGCCCAAGUCAUCCCCAUUGUCAUGGAGAACAUCACAGCCCAACCCAUCACCAUGGAGACCACCACAGCCCAACUCUUCCCCAUCCCCAUGAAGACCACCACAGCCCAACCCAUCACCAUGGAGACCAUCACAGCCCAAGAAACCCCCAUCACCAUGGAGACCACCACAGCCCAACUCUUCCCCAUCCCCAUGAAGACCACCACAGCCAAACUCGUCCUCAUGGAGAACACCACAGCCCAUGCCAUUCCCAUCACCAUGGAGACCACCACAGCCCAAAUCAUCCCCACCACCAUGGAGACCACCACAGCCCAACCCAUCACCAUGGAAGCCACCACAGUCAAACUCAUCCCCAUGGAGACAACCACAGCCAAACUCAUCCCCAUGGAGACAACCACAGCCCAAGCCACCUCCAUCACCAUGGAGACCUCCACAGUCCCAGUCAUCCCCAUCACCAUAGACACCACCACAGCCCAACUCAUCCCCAUUACCAUGGAGACCAACACAGCCCAACCCAUCAACAUCCCCAUGGAGACAGCCAAAUCCAAACUCAUACCCAUGGAGACCACCACAGCCCAACUCAUCCCCAUCACCAUAGAGACCACCAAAGCCCAAGCCAACCCCAUCACCAUGGAGACCAUCACAGUCUAACGCAUCCCCAUCAACAGGGAGAUCACCUCAGCCCGAGUCAUUCCGAUCACCAUGGACAUCACCACAGCCCAACUCAUCCUCAUCACCAUGGAGACCACCACAGCCCAACUCAUCACCAUGGACACCACCACCAUCCUCUCCACCCAGAUUCUCACCAUCGCCAUGGCUCCCAUCCAGAAUUGCACCACCACCAUCAUCUGUCCCACCCUGAAUCCAACGAUCACCACCGCUCCCAUCCAGAAUCUCUCCAUCACCUGGGCUCCCUUCCAGAAUCUCUCCAUCACCAUGGCUCCCAUCCAGAAUCUUGCAACCACCAUGGCUCCCAUCCAGAAUCUCUCCAUCACCACAGCUCCCAUCCAGAAUCUCAUGAUCACCACGGCUCCCAUCCAGAAUCUCUCCAUCACCACAGCUCCCAUCCAGAAUCUCAUGAUCACCAUGGCUCCCAUCCAGAAUCUCUCCAUCACCACAGCUCCCAUCCAGAAUCUCAUGAUCACCAUGGCUCCCAUCCAGAAUCUCUCCAUCACCACAGCUCCCAUCCAGAAUCUCUCCAUCACCACAGCUCCCAUCCAGAAUCUCAUGAUCACCACAGCUCCCAUCCAGAAUCUCUCCAUGACCAUAGCUCUCAUUCACAAUCUCUCCACCACCAUGGUUCCUAUCCAGAAUUUCUCCAUCUCCACGGCUCCCAUCCAGAAUCUCUCCAUCACCACCAUGGUUCCCACCAAGAUUCUCACCAUCACCACCACCCCUCUCAUUCAGAAUCUCACCAUCCACACUCCCAUUCUGAACCACAUCACAGUCCUAGCAACCUAGAACCUCAUCAUCACCACCAUCCUUCCCACUAUGAAUCUCACCACCAUCCCUCCUCACCUGCAGACACACACCACCACCAUCAUCACCAUGACGAUCACCACAGCCCAUCAAGCCAUUCUAAGGAGAACUCUCCUGUCAGUGUAUCAGCUGCAGAGCUGGAGUCAUUGUCCCAUUCCAGCAAGUCUUCCAGGAAUACCAGCAGCCCCACGAAUCAGGACGAGCAGCAGACGGGCUACAGCGGCUCAACUGCCUCUCUACAUAAAGAAGGAUCCGAGGUUGAUCGAAUAAUGAUGCUUCAGGAGCAAAAUGAGGAUCUGCACCACAGUUUGCUCCAGACUGCCGUGCGAAUGGAGUGCAUGGGGACGGAGUUUAAGAGCAGUCACCAGCUCCUUGAGUCAGAACUACAGAACACACGUGUGGAGCUGAGUAGCCUCCUGGACAAAUUCAAAAGACUUAGUGAUAAUUACUCCUACACUCAACAGACCAAUAAUCUCUUGGAGCGGAAGCUUCAUUCAGUGGCUCAGAGUAUGGAUGGGGAGCGUGAGCAUCUGAACCAGCGCAUCACAGCCCUGACAGAUCAGCUGUCCUCAGCCAAGACCACCAUCCACAGCAUGGAGACUAUUAACGUAACAUCCUUGCUACAGGAAGCCCUCGACAAACAUUUCCACCCAGAUGAUUCUGUCAAUCAAUUCCUUCUCCCUGUUGCCCCCCCUCCAGUCCAAUUCAUGGAUAGUCAUCAUUAUGGAAAGGUCACCACCAAAGGGGAAGACCUAUCGCUGGGAACAUUGCCAGAAGAGGAGGAAUCUGAUUGGUCGGAGAUGGGGGAUGAGGCUCCAAAAUGCGUUCUGAGGUCAGUGGGAGGUCAUCAUGGUGGCACAGCGUUUCAACCAUGGAGACAGGAGCGUAUUUGCUGGGCAGGACAGGGAGAGGGAGACACAGAGAGUGAGUCAGGGGGUGAGGAAAUUGUCAGCCAACACCCUCCCCACUCCCUACAGAUCCCCCAUCUCCAUGUCACCAUUCACUCUGAGACCUUACCAGCCCCCAUGGAUGAGGUCACCCUCACCACCAGCUUCAAGAACUCAGCUUAUGGCCCAACAGAGGAGGAUGGGUACAGGGUCACUGCGAGCCGCAAACUGGGCUCUCCCAUCCGCAUCCUGUCAGCCAGUCUGGAUGAGAUUCCCUCCUCCAGGAGACAGAAGCACAGGCAGGAGGAGCAGCAUGGCCAGCUGAAGGGCACAGAGGCCAUGAUGGACCUCCACCAACCAGAGGACGGUACCAUGGACGACUCAGAAGAUGAGAUCAUCCGUAACUGGAGGACAAGGAGCGAGGACAUGGGUGUGGAUGUCAGGGAGGUAGAUCCUGGCAGCAGCUUGGACAACCUGCAGUCGGCCCAAAAUAUGCUCAACCACUUCAUCUGCCAGCUGCAGCCCAGUGUGGAGGAGGGGCAGGGCUGGACCGGAGUGGUGCCGGACGAAGUGCUGAAUGGGGAGAGAACACAGCUGUGACACCUGAUCUCUUCACAGAGACACAGAUGUGGACAGGUGUCGACUGGGUUGGUGGUUACUGAAGUAAGCAUGACUUUGAUAACAUUUGGUAUUCAUAAUUCACCUUUGAAUAUUUUGUAUAUUGAACAUAAAGCAACAGAACUGACCACUUGAAUAAUAAUACUUUUAAUUAUAAUUAUUUAAAUUUUCAUCUCAUUUAAAACGUUUUCAGGGCUAAAUAACAAGGCCCCAAAGAGUAUUCAUCAUUAAAAACAAGUAAGAUAAAGAAACUGUUUCAAACAUAGUGUUUUCCUCUUUUUGAAGAUAUUAAGUAAUUAACGCCUGCAAAGAGCUGUAAUGGCAAGCGGCCCAAGUUGGAGAUCCUCAGCUCCACAUUUUAAUAUUUGUGAUAUUUUUCUCGAUUCAUAAUCAAAGACAUGUCCUGAGGUCUUUUUUUUCCCAGUAUGCAGGGAUUUGGCUUUGAUGUCCUCCAGAGGUAACAUCAAACAAAAAGCAUGUGGCUUUGAUUUUCCCUGUUCCCUCACACUGGGAAACCCUGUCCUAGGCUUCACUCCUGUCUCAUCAUAGCAGAGCACAGCCGAAUCCCACCCUUGUCUCUGGAUUAUAUAAAACUAGAUCCUUUCAGAACCUCUUGUGCAUAAUUCAUUGUAAUGCUUUGUGUUUUUCCCUCAGUGCACAUCAGAUAAGAAGAGUGUUUCAUAGAAUUUAGGUCCUUAGGUAAGAUGUAAGACAUGUUGAUAGACUUUGUUUAUCCUCAUAAGUUAAUUCACCUGCAGAUAUAGACAUAAUCUAAUCUUUACAGUGUAUAGUCAAAUAUUUAAUAACAUACAGUAUAAAUAGUGUCCGUUGGACCGUCACUGUGGAUGGGAAACAAUAUAUUUGAAGUCAGGUUUUAAUUGAUGGAGAUAAAAAUGAAAACAGAAAUAUUUGAUAUGUUUUUCUGAAUUGUGCAGAUGGAUCUGUGUGGUCUGGUGUGAAUGGUUCCAACUGCUAGAUAGUUUCCUCCUUCCAUGGGGAAAACAACAAAAAAAGAAACAUAUUUAUUCUUCUUGCAUGAAAACUAUGUUUUGUCUUGAAAAUAUUGAUGUUUAUGUACAUGCAAACUACAGUAUGUUUUAUAUUUUAAUAUUGAUGUUUGUGUACAUGCUGUAGUCUCCAUAUUGAUAUUAUGGCAAAAACCACAAGACACAAUGUAAAUCUGAAUCACCAUUUGUCAUUGUGGUCACCAGAGGCAUGCAACAGUCAGUUGAGAGAUGUAUGAUAUAAGCAAUGUUAUGCCACAUGAAAUGUCAGUUUUGUCCUGUAGGAGAUUUUCCUCUGGUAACCAUAAUAAAAAACACUGAGCGUACAAAACAUUAGGAAACCAUACUAAUAUUGAGUUUCACCUCCUUUGGCCCUCAAAACAGCCUCAAUUCGUCAGGGCAUGGACUCUACAAGGUGUCGAAAGCAUUCCAGAGGGAUGCUGGCCCAUGUUUACUCCAAUGUUUCAAAAUUCAAAAGGCACUCGCACAUCUGAGCAACCUUUUUUGCAGGUGUAUGGUAACAGUUGACUAAAAUGAGAGAAAAGAAGAAACCCGCACACUGCUCUUUAAUAAGCUCCACGUACCGGCCUCAAGGCCCUCCAAUGCUUCCCACAGUUGUGUCAAGUUGGCUGGAUGUCCUUUGGGUGGUGGAUCAUUCUUGAUACACACAGGAAGCUGUUGAGCGUGAAAAACCCAGUAAUGUUGCAGUUCUUGACACACUCAAACUGGUGCGCCUGGCACCUACUGCCAUACCCUGUUCAAAGACACUUAAAUAUUUUGUCUUGCCCGUUCACCCUCUGAAUGGCACCCAUACACAAUCCAUGUCUCAAUUGUCUUUUAGGCUUAAAAAUCCUUCUUUAACCUGUCUCCUCCCCUUCAUCUACACUGAUUGUGGUGGAUUUAACAAGUUGCAUCAACAAGGGAUCAUAGCUUUCACAUGGAUUCACCUGGUCAGUCAAGGAAAGAGCAGGUGUUCAUAAUGUUUUGUACACUCAGUGUAUUGAGAUGGAUCGGAAGGGGCAUAUAUAGAGAGGGUGUGUCGGGAAUAUAUAUUGUUAUUUUCAACUAAAAUCAUAGUCAGCGUGUCAUGUGUCAAAACGUAAUGAAAGCACAGUGUGUUAUGAUGACUGUACUGUCAUGCACCCUUUUGCCUCCCCCUCCAAUCCAUACCUCUAUUGCAGGACCAGUAGUUUUGGAUAGAGUUCCACUAUAUGGAUUACGUACGAUAAUGUUUGUAUAUAUUACAUAUUUAUUAUUUAGAAAUAGCUGUUGCUUUCACCAUAUGUCUCCCUGUUCUACAUCCCCAGGUUGAACUUCAUUAACCAUGCACGAUACUACAGAGCUGUGUAGAACUACUACUGUCUGUGUUUUUUAUCCUCGUGUUGUGUACUGCACAUGUGUCUGAAUGUUCUCAAUAAAUAUAGUCCUCUAUAAUGUACUAAUUUAACAUGAAUUAAAACAAAUAAUGACACACAAAGUCUAGUAUAAAUAAUUCAGUCAAACACGUUACACUGUUGUGUUUGAUCGUAGGCGACGGCGUUAGAUUGAGGGGAGGAGAGUAAGUCAGUUAUCACAAAGGGGAGACAUUUUGAUUUAUGGGUUCUCCUCGGCGU